AUGUUGGGUUGGCCAUGUUGCCCUUCAGGCCAGCUGCGCACCAACGCCUGCAUAGGACAUCUAGCUUAUUGCCCUGGUCAGGACGUCAAGAUAUCUGGACUAGUAAAUAACGAGAGUAGCAAAACAGUUAUCGGUUUUGAAGCGCAACUUGUACAGAGAGUGCUAUACAAAGCACGUGAAGGUAACGAUUAACCCUUUAACCACUAGAAAUGACAAGGAUCUAAUUUCUCCUCACAGUAUCGCUGCUAAAUCAAUAAUCAAGGUCACGGGAAUAAAAGAAAUUAUCGCCACGAAAGGAGCUCUCGAUUGUUCAACAAAUUCUCUUCGUCGGUACGACAGGGAAUAAAUAGAGAAGAGUAUGGAGAAUUGCUUAGUGAGGUUAGGAUCCCCAGAUGUUAAGGGUUAAGGAAUGCAACAUUGAAAAAAUUAAAGUGGGGUGGGAAGAAAUGUUUCCACUCCCCUAUCUGGCCUCACCAGGUCUGUGCCAUGCUUUGUAUCACGCUCUUGAUAUAUCUCAUCUUGAGAAAAUAAGGCCGUAUUAUUUUCUCUUGGUCUUAUUCAAUAUCAGUUCUGAGAAUUUAGUGUCAAAUCAAUUAUUUUUUCAACUUCUCAUCACUUGUCUGCUUGAAAGUGUAAGGUAUUGUAAGGAGAAAUUACAUCCUGACCAAUACUGGGAGUGACGUUUCUCUAUUGGACAGACAAACGCAAAAUGUACCUUCUUAGUUACUCUAAAGGAAAAAAAUUGUCUAAAGUUCGUAAACCCUCGUGGAAAGUCUGUUGAUUUCUCUGCAAAAUUACUAUGGUGGUUUGACAUUUGUGUGGUAGCUUCAUUCUAGAAGGGACGUCGUUUAAGUCUUUUUUGUUUGCUGUUUUGCCUAGCUACGACACGUACAGUAACAGAGAAGCUUUACGUCCUCAAGAAAGAACAAGAACUAGCACCUGGAGAUCAAACCAAUGUCGAGUUUGAUUCUUUCGUCAUACCACCUGUGCGUCAACCAACGUCGAAGGGAUUCGGAUACAUUGACAUUUCGUACGCAAAUUAA